CCCCAGGCCAAGAGUUCCCGCUACUGUGGUUGUGGUCAUGUCAAGGGCGGCGACAAACUAAGGAACCUCCAACACCACUCACUCACUCACUCAUCUCCACGACUAUCACGACUACGAUUAUAACGACGCAAUGGUUUUGGCAGAUCUAGGAAAGCGGUUAACCACCGCGGUAUCGAAUCUGACGCACUCGAAUGUCGUCGACGAGAAGGCGUUCGAUGCUAUGAUCAAAGAGAUCUGCUCUGCACUCGUGGAAGCCGAUGUCAACAUCAAGCUUGUCGCGAACCUGCGGAAGUCGAUUAAGCACGCCGUGAACCUGAAGGAGCUAGCACCGGCGGUGAACAAGAAGCGGUUGAUACAGAAGACCGUCUUCGAUGAACUCGUCAAGCUCGUGGACCCGCACAAUGAACCGUUCAAGCCGAAAAAGGGCCGCUCAAACGUCAUCAUGUUCGUCGGACUCCAGGGAUCCGGAAAGACCACGACGUGUACGAAACUGGCACGGUACUACCAGGCACGCGGGUUCAAAGCUUGUCUCGUGUGCGCGGACACAUUCCGAGCAGGAGCCUUUGACCAGCUGAAGCAGAACGCGACCAAGGCGAAGAUCCCGUACUAUGGAUCGUACACGGAGACGGAUCCGGUCAAGGUCUCGCGAGACGGUGUGGAGAAAUUCAAGAAGGAGCGGUUCGAUAUCAUCAUUGUGGAUACGUCGGGAAGGCAUCAGCAGGAGAGGGAGCUAUUCGCCGAGAUGGUGCAGAUCCAGCAGGCGGUGAAGCCCGAUCAGACGAUUAUGGUGCUCGAUGCGAGUAUCGGACAGGCUGCUGAGGCGCAGAGCAAGGCGUUUAAGGAGAGUGCGGAUUUUGGUGCUAUCAUCAUUACCAAGACCGAUGGACAUGCGGCGGGAGGAGGUGCGAUAUCGGCGGUUGCGGCGACGAGGACGCCGAUCGUCUUCAUCGGUACCGGAGAACAUAUGUUUGAUCUGGAACGAUUCGUGCCGCAGUCAUUUAUUUCGAAGUUGAUGGGCAUGGGUGACCUGAGUGGUCUGGUGGAGCACGUGCAGACGUUCAAACUAGACCAAAAGGACACCAUAAAGCACAUCCAGGAGGGAAUCUUCACCGUACGGGAUCUGAGAGAUCAGCUCGGCAAUAUCAUGAAGAUGGGCCCGCUCAGCAAGAUGGCCGGGAUGAUUCCCGGGCUGUCGCAGAUGAUGGGCGAUGUGGGCGACGAGGAAGGAAGCAUGAAGCUGAAGCGAAUGAUCUACAUCAUGGACUCCAUGACCGAAAAAGAGCUCGACUCAGAUGCCAAAUGCUUCGUCGAGCAGCCGACACGCAUGACACGGAUAGCUAAGGGCUCCGGCACGUCUGUCCGCGAGGUCGAAGACGUCCUGACCCAGCACCGAAUGAUGGCGCAAAUGGCCAAGAAAAUGGGCAAGGGCAUGGCGAACCUCCAGAAGGGCGGCGGUAUGGCUGGACAGAACAAGCAGCAGCUUGCCGCAAUGCAGAGACGCAUGCAGAGUAUGGGUGCGGGCGCUGGCGGUGCCGGCGGUAUGGAUAUGGGUGCUAUGAUGAGGGCGCUGGGCGGUGCGGGAGGCGCCGGUGGACUCGGUGGCUUGGGCGCGCUCGCUGGUAUGGGUGGUGGUGGCGCGAAUCCGUUUGGUGGGAUGGACAUGAGCGCUAUGCAGAACAUGAUGAAGCAGAUGAUGGGCGGUGGUGGAAUGCCUGGAAUGCCUGGUAUGGGUGGACGGGGAGGAGGCAGACGGUAGAAUGGAGCAUGCACGCAUAGCACCCUCCCAAGCUCCCACCACAACUACUUACUCAUGUAAAUUUUCUUCGGCGUUGAAGGCAGUUUUUGUUUCAUUUCACUGGAAAGUUUCUUCAGCAAAAAA